UGAAGCACCUCCUGCUAAAAAUACCCGGCUGAAGCCCUUUAAAAGCGCUGCUGGCUCCAGCCCGGGACAGUUCUCCGGUCUUCAGCGAUUCGCGCAGAAAGAACCCAAGAACCCAGAACCGAGCCAGCAUGACCGAGCGCCGCGUGCCCUUCUCGCUCCUGCGGAGCCCUAGCUGGGACCCUUUCCGUGACUGGUACCCGGUCCACCACCGCCUCUUCGAGCAGGCCUUCGGCAUGCCGCGGCUGCCCGAGGAGUGGUCGCAGUGUUUCAGCCACAGCGGCUGGCCGGGCUACGUGCGCCCGCUCCCCGCGGCCGCGGUCGAGGGCGUCCCGGCGGUGGCCGCGCCCGCCUACAGCCGCGCGCUCAGCCGACAGCUCAGCAGCGGCAUCUCCGAGAUCCAGCACACGCCCGACCGCUGGCGCGUGUCCCUGGACGUCAACCACUUCGCCCCCGAGGAGCUGACGAUCAAGACCAAGGAAGGCGUGGUGGAGAUCAGUGGCAAGCACGAAGAGAGACAGGAUGAACAUGGCUACAUUUCCCGGUGCUUCACUCGAAAAUACACGCUUCCCCCUGGUGUGGACCCCACCCUAGUGUCUUCUUCCCUGUCCCCGGAGGGCACACUCACCGUGGAGGCCCCGAUGCCCAAGCCAGCCAACCAGUCAUCGGAGAUCACCAUCCCUGUCACCUAUGAGGCUCGUGCCCAGCUUGGGGGCCCAGAAGCUGGGAAGUCCGAGCAAUCUGGAGCCAAAUAAAGACCUUUGCCUGCACUCCCUUCAAACCCUGCAUUAGCAAUCACUCACCAUCCCCACCUGUUAGUCUGUAUGCUCUUUUGAUACGUUUAUGUUCUGUUUUUCUCAAAUAAAGUUCAAAGCAACUGCC